GCUGCCAAGGAGAGAAGACGACUCGCUAUUCGUCUCCGGUGUUAUUUUCCCCCCCAUUCAGAAAAAAAAGAGAGAAUCCCCCCCCUUACCAUUUUGCAAUUCGCCCAAACACACCAGCACCCGUGUUUUACCUAAGCGGCAAGGAAAGCGGCCGGGCGCGAGUGCUAGAUGAGCUCGGGUCGGCGCGGCGUCGGGGAAGCAGCGUGAGCGUUUAAAGGGACGACGAUCAGCUGGUCGCCAAGAUGGACCCGCCUCCGCCGCCCGUGGGAGGAGAGUGCGGCCAGUGCAUUUGGUACGAUGAGUGUGGCAUGAGCGAAAGAGGGAGCCUCAACUGUGCGUACAAUGGGACGGCAAAAUCCCUCUCGGCAGAAGGAAUCAAGAUCCUCAACCAGACUUGUCCAGAACUUGUUAGAGAAUACAUAACCGAGGAUGGGCAGCUGGACACGUGUUGCAAUGACCGGCAGGCCCUAGCUCUCUCGCAGUCCCUUGGGAUGAUGAAGAUGUUUCUGGUGCGGUGUCCUGCAUGCAUCAGGAACAUCCGCAUCCCCUUCUGCUACAUGACAUGUUCGCCACACCAGUCGGAGUUCCUUGAGCCCGUGUCGUAUGUGCCUGCGACGCACAGGGACAAGAAAGGACAACACAUGGUAGUAGAUAUGAAGUUCUACAUGUCAAAGGACUUCGUGGACAAAGUAUAUUCAUCGUGUCGUGAUGUUGUUUCCCCGUCCACCAAUGACCGAGUUAUGGGGCUGUUUUGUGGAGACUGGGGAGCCCCACGAUGUACAGGAGAGAGGCUGUUCAACUACCUGGGAGACAAGGAAGUAAAUGUCUACACUCCCAUCAACAUCCAGUACCACUAUGUCAAAAACACAGAGGAAGCGCCCGGGAACAUCAUCCCUCUCAAUGAAACAGCUCAGCCAUGUAAUACAGAUUUUGAGGGGAGCUUAGCGUGCUCGUGUGCCGAUUGCCAGAGCUCGUGCCCCAUCAUCCCGGACACGUGGGAUGCCCCUGGAGAGCCAUGGAUCAUGUUUGGGUAUGAUGGCCUUGCAGUGGCCAUGGCCCUCACUGCAGUGCUCUUCUCUGUCUCGUUCCUUGUGGUCUUUGCCUACUGCCACAAGCGCAAUAAGAGAUAUACAGCGGUGAUGGUGGAGCGCAGUAUGCGUCACCCUGAAGAGAUCAGAUCAGCAGUCGGCCGCCGUCUUGCACACUUGUCAGAUCCUCAGGCUCAGUUUGCGGGCGAAGACGAGAAUUCUCUUCUUCAUGGACGACCGACUGCGGACAUGCCAGAGGUUGUGAUGCAUGAUGAGCUCUCUUUCUCUGAACGGCUGACAAACUGGACACAGACAGCCGUUGAUCAGUUCUUCACAAAGUGGGGAACAUUAUGUGCGGGCCACCCAUGGAAAGUCAUGUGCAUCGGCAUGUGUGUGGCUGCGUCCCUCUGCGUCGGAAUCUUGUUCCUACAGAUCACUACAGACCCUGUAGAUCUGUGGGCGUCCCCCAACUCUCGCUCCAGGCUUGAGAAGAACUAUUACGAUGAGAAUUUUGAGCCAUUCUACCGCACCGCCCAGAUCUUCAUCCGUCCAGUGGGGAUUGAGAGUUAUGAGGUAAACAACGAGACCUACGGCCCAGUGUACAACAUGAGUUUCUUGAAGGAGGUGUUGCUACUUCAGAACUAUAUCGCAAAUGAGCUGCAAGCCGAAGUGGACGGGGAAACGGUGACCCUGUAUGACAUUUGCAACAAGCCCAUGGCCCCAGAUAACCUCAACUGCAACAUCCAGUCGAUAUUGAAUUUCUGGCAGAAUGAUGAGGCUGUGUUGAAUUCUUCGGAUAUUCAUCAUGCAAAAUCAUGCAUAGGAAAUGCCUACCAGGAACACUGCAUGGGUUCCUACGGAGGUCCUGUCCUGCCCCACGUUGCUCUCGGGGGUUUCUUGGCCAAGAACCAGACGCUCUCGGAAAAUCCCAACUACAUGCUGGCGGACACACUGGUCAUCACCCUGCCCAUCAACAACUUCUUCAACACGUCCAUGCUGAAACCGGCCCUGGCUUGGGAGGAAGUGUUUAACAAGUUCAUGCUCAACUACUCUCACCCAAUGAUGGACAUCGCCUUCCGUUCGGAGCGUUCCAUUGAGGAUGAGUUGGUUCGAAUGAGCAAGUCCGACCUGCCAACAGUCAUCAUCUCGUAUAUCAUCAUGUUCCUUUACAUUGCUCUGGCUUUGGGACACACCAAUCACUGCAGUCGUCUCCUGAUUUCAACCAAAGUAACCUUGGGUCUCGGAGGAGUGCUGAUUGUCUUGGUCUCGGUAUUCUCAGCAGUUGGAUUUUAUGGAUACGUUGGUGUCCCUUGCACUAUGCUUAUCAUUGAGGUGAUCCCCUUCCUAGUUCUGGCUGUGGGAGUGGACAACAUCUUCAUCCUUGUGGAGGCGUAUGCCAGCCUCGACCGCACUGAGGAGGACACCAGAUCGCAGCUGAUUGGCCGUGCCGUGGGUUCUGUUGGUCCGUCCAUGCUCCUAUCGUCCAUUUCCCAGUCUUGCUGCUUCUUCUUAGGGGCUCUCUCUGAUAUGCCAGCUGUCCAGGCAUUUGCCAUGUAUGCAGGAAUGAGCCUCCUGAUCAACUUCGUCCUGCAGAUGACCCUCUUUGUGGCUCUUUUCUCACUGGACGUUGCCCGGGAGGAGGAUAAUCGCUUUGAUGUCUGCUGCUGCAUAAGAAGAAGCAAAGUUGAAAUGGAUUCCGACACCAGAUUUCUACACAAGGUUUUCGAGACAACAUACGCCCCCUUCCUCAUGCGGCCGUGGGUUCGUGCGGUGGUGAUUGUGGUGUUCAUGUUUUGGCUGUGUUCCUCAGUGGCCAUGGUUCCUCACAUAGAAAUUGGAUUGGAGGAGGAGCUGUCUAUGCCAGACGAUUCAUAUGUUUUGAAGUAUUUUGAGUACCUGGAAAAGUAUGGAUGCGUAGGGGCCCCAGUCUAUUUUGUACUAAAACAUGGGUACAACUUCAGUGAUUAUGACAUGCAGAAUAAAAUAUGUUCACAUCUGGGUUGUAAUAAAGACUCGCUCUUGAUUCAGCUGAAAUUAGCUUCACAAAUUCCAAAUCGAACCUUCAUUGCUGUGCCCUCUUCUGCCUGGAUUGAUGACUACUUUGAGUGGUCUCUUGAGGGGAAGUACUGCUGCCAGCUUUAUGACAAUGGCACCUUCUGCAGACGAGAGGCAGAGGACGACUCCUACAUCUUUGAAGAAGACAUAGACUACAUAGAGAAACCAGACAUUAUUGAUGGCAUUGACAGUGGCGGUGAAGGAGUCAAAAACAGCUCUAGUGAAGAUGAGCCAGUGACUAAAAAGCCCAGCAUAGACUAUGGUGGACCAGAUUUUGAUGUCGUGUACAAUGAUGACGCCAACUAUGACUACAAUUACGGGGACUUGGAUAUUGACUACUACUCUGGUGGAGACAAACCUGUUAAGAAGAAGGACGAGAAAAAGGAGGAACAGACCAACACAAAGCCUGAGGAGAAGUAUGAGGAAGACAUCUAUGACUAUUCAUACACAUAUGGUGACCCAGACUUCGACUAUGACGGAGCUGAAGGAGGCCCCAGUGACCAAGGCUCCUACAGGCGAAAGGCACCUUGACAACGGCUGGCCGGACUACAACCUAGAGACAACUUCGUCAAGUGAGAGGAAGGCAUCAGCAGCACGGACCUACCUGAGGAGACGUCGUAGUGUCAGGAGGGACUGCCACACUUGCCCCAUUACCCCCAUGCCAAACAACCCCUUCCGCCCUGACCCUGAGAUGUUUGGGCAGUACCUCCCCAUGUUCUUGAAGGACAAUCCCGAUCUCCACUGCCCCAAGGCCGGUCAUGCAGCCUACGGCCAGAGUGUCAAGGUUAAUUACGAUGACUCAGGCAACCCAGUCACUGGAGCCAGUGUCUUCAUGACAUACCACACUGUCAUGCGCACAAGCCAGCACUUCUAUGAAGCUCUUCGGGCAGCCAGGGCCAUCGCAGACAACAUUACUCGCACACUCAACCUGGUGGAGAAGGACGGAGUCUUGGUGCCAAGUGGAGAGACCAAAUAUAAAGUUUUCCCUUACAGCGUCUUCUAUGUAUUCUAUGAACAAUACCUCACCAUCUGGGAGGACACAGUGCGCAUGUUGGGCAUCUCUGUCAUUGCCAUUUUCUUCAUCACGCUCUUCAUGAUGGGCUUCGAUGUGUCCUCCUCCCUCAUCAUCAUGGUGAUGGUCGUGCUCAUCCUAACCAACAUGGGUGGCCUCAUGUAUAUGUGGGGCAUCUCGCUCAAUGCCAUCUCACUAGUCAACCUUAUUGUGGCCAUUGGCAUAUCUGUCGAGUUCUGCUCCCACACCACACGUGCCUUUGCUGUCAGCGAGGCCGACACAAGAAUUGUGCGAGCCCAGGCUGCUCUGGUGCGCAUGGGGCCCUCCAUGCUGUCCGGAAUCACGUUGAGUGAUAUGGGCGUCGUCGUCCUGGCUUUCGCUAACUCAAAGAUUUUCCAGGUGUUUUACUUCAGAAUGUACUUUGGAAUGGUGGUUAUUGGUGCACUUCAUGGUCUCAUCUUGCUGCCAGUUCUUCUUAGUUUUGUUGGCCCUUCCCGAAAGGUCGUAAGAAGCAACAUGCCAGACCGCACAGCCAACCCCAGCGGAUCGGUCCAGAUGGAGGACAUGAUUGGGGAUGACCAGGAGAAGCAGUGCCUCACGUCCAAGCACACGGCCAGCAUCAACAACAUCCCCAAGAGCAGCACGAGCUCAAACAGCCUCAGUGGGGAUACACCCUCCAGUAACAACAGCAACACGUGCAAGAAGAACGGCUUCAAGCACUCCCCGAAGAAGGGCAGCCACAUGUCACUGAAUCAUAACAGUGAUGACAUCGAGGACCGGAAUGCCAGAAACACCCCCUCACGGCACUCCAGUGGCACUCCCCUCCGGAACUCUGACUCCAUCUCGCGCUACUCUGACACACUCUCACGACACUCCGACACGUUGACCCGGCACUCGGCCUCCACGCCCUCCCAUAAGACAGAGGCCACCCCCUCCUGCCACUCAGACCCUCCUUCGUGCCACUCUGACACCCUCCCACGGCGAUCCAAGACGUCCUCGCGGCACUCGCUCGCCAAGACGCCAGAGGAGCUAGAGAAGCUAGAUCAAUGAUGCUACGGAGGGCAUUAACUGGCUGUUUGUAAGUGUGGGUCUUGGUUGAAGAGUUAUUUUUUGAGAAUGACUCCAAGGGUGUACAGCUAGGUGUGGACAUAUAUGAUAUCAUGAAAGUGCUUCCUUGUAUAUUAUGCUAAAUGGUGAGCUCUAGGAAACAUUUGUGUUUUUUAUUGAGCUUGAGACUGCGCAUUUUCAAACAUGUCAGAUAAUUGACAACCCUAGGGUAGGUGUGCAUCAAAGUUCACUUCCUAUGUGACUGUGGAAAAUAGUCCUUGUAUCAUUCCAUGAUAAGGCUUGAGAAAUAGCUGGACGCCAGAUGCUAGAAACAUUGAUUGCAGGACAUUCCAGUCACUUGGCACUCAAAGUUACUUACUGAGAAAAAGUUGGUAAUGAACAGCUAUAAAUGUGGUCUAGAUUACUUUUUUGUAGAAGGAUAUUUUUUGCUCAAGAUAAACUAGAUAAGCCAAAUUCUAGAUAAUUGGAAACAAUGUCCUGUGUUCCUAAUUUAAAACAUUUUUGAGUGAUUAGAUUUAAAAAGAUAUAUUUUGGCUUUAAGUAGCUAUCUUGACCUACUCAGUUUAAGCCAUGACAGAAGAUUUGAGGCCAGCUGUGAGAGGUAUUGAAGCAAAGAGGGAAUAGGCUUUGUCUUUUAAAAAAUUCAGAAUAAAAAUACAAGGGAAAAUAAACUACAAAAAAAGUAUAUGUAUAUAUCUAAAAGCAGGGGUCACUCAUGAUUGUCUUAUGUUAGUGUUAAUAAUGUAAAUGCUGUGAUAUGUAAUUGCAGUUAGUCAGUUGGGAGGUAUGUAUUGCCAUACAUAGUUCCUGCAUUUUUCUUUUUUAAUGCUAUGUCCAACAAGGACAGGAGAUUCAGAAAGAAAUAUUUGAUGCUUUUUCUUUCCUGUAACCCAGUGAGGAGGCUCCCAAAGAGAGCUAUUUUUUAUGAAUUCUUUCUCCCCCAAAGACUGUAAUAUUUAAUGUAUGCAUUGGUUUGUGUGCUUGUCCAAUCAUCUUGUUUAUGUAUAUGUGUAGCUCAUGUUGAGCUUUCAUAGCCUGUAAUAGGGAAGGAAAGGCAAAACUGCAGACAGAAUGCACCAAUAUAUUGUACAAAUUGGUGUAGAAUGCUGAUUUUGUCUUUUUCAUAAGGUUAUACAAAGAAACCUAAUGAAAUAGAAAUAACAAUUAAGUUUUGAUAUACUAGAGAUAAUUUUUGUAGUUGUUAUUUGUUUCUUUGUUAUCAAUAGUUCAUGUAGCGCUGGAAAUUGCAUACCAAGUCUGACUCCACUUUUAUGACUCAGAUUUAGGAUGCAAUGAGGGUCUUAUAUAAUUUGUUUUACACUAAAAUAAAUUACAAAGAACAGACAAAAAUGUGUUUCAGUAUUGGCAGUUGAAAUUUGAUUUAUAAACAUUCUUCUGUUGUACAUAUUGUUAAUUUUGGCACUGCUUGUGCCAUGACUAUUUUGCAAAAGAAUGAAUUAGGUAUCCA